AUGCCUUCUCUUCCCAAGCAUCCAGGCGAGAGCUGGCAGCUCCCUUCCCGCUACAAGGUCACAGAACUUAUCGGCUCCGGCUCCUACGGCAGCGUUUGCGAGGCCGAAGAUGACUUCAACGGUCAGCGGCAGCCUGUUGCCAUAAAGAAGUGCAAGCGCAUCUUCGAAGACCUCGUUGACUGCAAGCGCAUUCUCAGAGAGGUAAGCAUUUUGUCCAAGCUGAGUCACAGGAAUGUUGUCAAGGUGUCGGACUUUUACAUUCCAGGAGAUAUGGCCAGAUUCACGGAGAUCUACAUGAUAAUGGAGCUCUGCGAUUCAGACUUGAAGAAGCUGUGCAGGCAAGAUGUCACACUCAGUCCAAUUCACGUUAACACUCUCUUGUACAAUCUGCUCGUGGGCUUGAACUACAUUCACUCAGCCGGCAUCUACCAUCGGGACCUGAAGCCGGCCAAUUGCUUCGUCAACCAGGAUUGCACCGUCAAGAUCGGAGACUUCGGUCUGUCUCGCGCUAUCAAAGGCGAGCAGAAGCACUUGAAGCAUUUACCCCACACGCCGCGGGAUGGGGAUCAGGCCCCCUUGCCUCAAGUUCCGCACACGAAGAGGGCCGCCAAGAACUUGACGGGGCAUGUGGUGACACGAUGGUAUCGCGCUCCGGAGCUGAUUCUACUUCAGGACAACUAUACAGAGGCUAUCGAUGUGUGGUCAGUUGGCUGCAUUUAUGCAGAGCUCCUCGGCAUGCUGCCACAAGCCGGGAAAAGCUACUUGGACCGCGGACCUUUGUUUCCUGGGACAUCCUGCUUCCCGCUGUCCCCGGACCACAAGCACAAAUCAGACUACAAAUACUACACCAACGGCAAGCAUGACAUGCUGAAAAAGAUCUUUGGACUUUUGGGGACUCCUGAGCAAAAGGACAUUGAUGCAUGCAUUGAGCGCGAAGAUGCAAAGCGUUACAUAGCUUGCUUCCCAAAGCAAGUUGGAGAUGGAUUGCGCAAAGUAUUCAAAGAGAUUGAUGCUGGCAUGAUUGAUAUCCUUGAGAAGAUGUUAAUCUUCAAUCCGAAGACUCGUAUCUCGGUGCAAGAGGCCCUGGCCCACCCGCUACUCGCAGACAUUCGCGACAAGACAUUGGAAACUACGUCGCCAGAAGUGGUCGUGCUUCCCUUCGAGAAGGAGCCCGACCUUGACGAAGACCUGCUGAGGCGGUACUUCAAUGCAGAGCUUCGAAAGUACCACCCAGAGGUGCCGGAGUAUAAACCUCUGCGAGGCUACGGCAGCUGA